AUGGACAAGGGUUUAGUAACAGGAGCUGUUUUUCUUGACCUGGCUAAAGCCUUUGAUACUGUCGACCAUUCUCUUUUAUUUGAAAAGCUUGCCUCAUCUGGUCUCUCCAAUGAUUCUGUCAACUGGUUCAAGUCAUACCUAAGCAAUAGAAAUCAACUUACCGCCCUGGCUAACACUGUUUCCUCCUUCAAACACGUUCCUGUCGGAGUUCCUCAAG